GAAGCAGCAGUGGAAAACAAAACAAAAGCCCAGAUUCCUCUCCAAACAGGUCCUAUCAUUUUUUUCCCUCUCUCCUUCUCUCUCUUGCUGUUGCUUUCUCUCACUAUAGAGACCCAAUCUCUAGAAAGAGAAAAGAGGAGGAGGACAAGCAAAGCUACCAGACCCAAAAGAUCGACCUGAGAUUGCACAAGAGAAUUUGCAAGAUGGCGGCUGGAUCCUACAAGUUCUAGCUGUUGCUACAAAUACUACCAUCGUUUGAUUUUGUGCUCAAGCAUGACGGGUGGAGGAGAAUUCAAGAGCUCUUUGGUACAGCAGCAGAUGAUAUGGAGUGGUACAGACAACAAGAAUAUGAUGAGUAGUUUGAUGCCUUGUUCUGAGGAGCAAGAGGCUGCCUCCCCCAAGAUGCCUCGUCCCUUAUCUUCUCCUUCAAUGCUCCUCCCCCAGCAGCUCCUUCAAAUCUCCUCUGGUCUAGCUCCCGGGGUGAACAGGGCUGCUACUACUUCUCUUUCAAUUGAUCUCAGUGAUGGGCAGGAGAGCAACAUGCAAGAGUCAUGGAGCCAGCUGCUUCUUGGGGGAUUAGUAGAUCAUGAGAGAUACAGCACUGCCACAGAUCUACUGUCAGAAGGACUAGAGGAGGGACCAAUGCAUCAUACUGCAGCAGCUUACAAUUUCUAUGGCCAUGGUGGUGAGGAGAUCCAGACAUCGGGGACCAACAAGUCUCAGGUGAGCCAGAUGCUCUUGGCAUCCUCUCCAAGGUCAUGCACCACCAUAAGCCUCGGCAGCAACAUGCUGGACUUCUCAAAUAGCACGGUGCCGGCACCUGAGUUGAGGAAUCAUCACUCCGAUAACUCUUCUGAGGGUAACGGCACUGCAAGUGGUUCAGCUCCUAAGAAGGCUAGGGUUCAGACCUCUUCUUCAGCACAAUCUACUCUAAAGGUCAGAAAGGAGAGGCUUGGGGAUAGAAUAACUGCACUUCAACAGAUAGUAUCCCCAUUUGGCAAGACUGACACUGCCUCCGUACUACAGGAGACUAUUGGCUAUAUUAGAUUCCUCCUGGGUCAAAUUGAGGCUCUCAGCUACCCGUACUUGGGCCAUGGCACCGGGAACGGGAACUCCAUGCAACAACAAACUGACGCAGAAAAUGGCGGCGAGGGAAAGAAGGACUUGACGAGCAGAGGGCUGUGCCUGGUGCCGGUGUCCUGCACGUCGCACCUGCCCGACGACAACGCCGCCUCCGACUUCUGGGCGGUGGCACCGCCGCCGCUCGGCGGCAUCGUCUGGCGAUAGGAUGAUGCAUCCAAGCAUCGAUCUUACGUACGUCUCAGGAUGCACGUACGCGUACGAACGUGGCCGGUUUUGCUCUACGACGUCCAUGGAUCCCGCCGUCCAUUGCAUACCGUAAAUAUAUACCAUUACUUAGCAUGCAUAUAUACCUUGAUGCUGCAUGCUUCUGUUGAUUGUUUGGUUGCUUCAUCAGUUAUUCAUGGAGCGAUCUGUAUACCUAUACCUAUAUGUAUACAUAUGUAUAACCGUACGACAUGGAGAUGCAACACAUAUAUCAUCAGGAGCCGUAUGUAUGCACACUAUAUUAUAUA